CUUGAAAAAGAAUCAGCCGAACAACAGAAACUGGAUGCAAAACAGAAGAAACAGGCUGAAAAGGAUGCUGAAAAGAAAGCCCAACAAGGAGAAAUAUCUGAAGUAGUUGCUGAGAAACUAACUGAAGAAAAGAUCCCCGAAAGUAAGAAACCUGAAGUUAAGGAAGCGGAAACUGAGGUUCAAAAGGCAAAGAAACUUGAAAAAGAAUCAGUCGAACAACAGAAACUGGAUGCAAAACAGAAGAAGCAGGCUGAAAAGGAUGCUAAGAAGAAAGCGCAACAGGGAGAAAUAUCUGAAGUUGUAGCUGAGAAACUAACUGAAGAAAAUAUCCCCGAAAGUAAGAAACCUGAAGUUAAGGAAGCGGAAACUGAGGUUCAAAAGGCAAAGAAACUUGAAAAAGAAUCAGUCGAACAGAAGAAACUGGAUGCAAAACAGAAGAAGCAGGCUGAAAAGGAUGCUGAGAAGGAUGCUGAGAAGAAAGCCAAACAAGGAGAAAUAUCUGAAGUAGUUGCUGAGAAAGUUUCUGAAGAAAAAGUCCCCGAGAUUAAGAAACCUGAAGUUAAGGAAUCAGAAACAGAGUCUCAGAAGGCAAAGGUACUUGAAAAAGAUUUAGUCGAAGGGCAGAAACUAGAUAUGAAACAGAAGAAGACCGAAGAAAAAAACAAGAAAGAAGACGCUGAAGCAUCUGAAGUGGUUUCUGAGAAAAUGUCUGCAGAAAAUAAGCCUGAGAGAAAACGAGAAGUGAAAGAGUCAAUUGCUGAGUCUGAAAAGAGAAUGGUUGAAGAAAGAGAAAAAACGAAACAGAAGAACCAAUCUCAAAAGAAGCUACAAAAGAAAAGAACAUUGCUGAAAGAAUAUCACAGAGCUUAA